AUGAGGCUCCUCUCAUCGUUCCUUGCACUGCUGCCAGCAGCAGCCAUGGUGCUGUCCUCGGUCUCAGCUGCACCCACUGCACCCAAAAAGAACAAGAUUGUUCCUGGCAAGGAUUUUGAUCGCAUUGUUAUUGUCGUCUUUGAAAAUCAAGAUUAUGAAGACGCUGCUGCCGAUCCUUACUACUCGACCCUGGCUGAAAGACAUGAUGGCAUCCAACUUACCAAUUACUUUGGCUUGACCCAUCCCUCGCAACCCAACUAUGUUGGCAUGAUCAGUGGUUCCACCGAUGGCGUCGUCUUGGAUACCAACUCGGACAUCGAUCGCAAGUCGAUUGUAGAUCUCCUCGAAACAAGAGACAUCUCUUGGAAAGCCUACAUGGAAGGGUAUCCAGGUGAUUGCUUCCAAGGCCGUAAGAAUGGUACCUACUAUCGCAAGCACAAUCCCUUCAUGUCCUUCACCAACAUUUCCAACACCACCCGCUGUGACAAUAUUGUCAACGCUGACCAGCUUGACAAAGACAUUGCCAACAAUGACGUCCCCCAGUUUGUCUACUACACCCCUGAUAUCAACAACGAUGGUCAUGACACCUCACUCGAAUUCGCAUCCAACUGGACCAAGUCGUGGCUUGAGCCUCGUCUCAAGGAAAAGGCCUUUACCGAAAACACCCUAUUUGUUAUUACUUGGGAUGAAAACAAGACUUGGGUUGUCAAAAAGAAUCAAGUUCUCACCGUACUCCUGGGACCUGCUGUGAAGAGAAGCGCACUCACUGAUGGCGUCAAGUACGACCAUUAUUCUAUUCUCAGAUCCGUUGAAGACAACUGGGAAUUAGGCAACCUUGGUGAAAAGGAUGUUGAUGCUACACCCUUCAUUCUCAAAGAUCAAGCCGAAAAUGGUGCAUCAGGCAAGAUUAAGAAUGUUGUUUUGUUGGUCAUGGAAAAUCGAUCUUUUGAUCGUAUGGCUGGAUGGUUCAAAUAUUCGGAUCAAAUCGACGGCCUUACAGGAAAGGAAUUCAAUCUCGAGGACCCAACCAAUUCUUCUAGUACCAAGAUUUACGCUACCAACAAAGGCUUACUCAAGGAUCCUAGAGACCCACCUCAUGAACAUGAAUGGGUCACCCAACAGAUCACUGGCAAUGAGACCACACCUACCAGUGCCCAGUUGCAUGAUACUUCCAUGGGUGGAUUUGUUGCUAGUUUUGUCAAGCAAUUCCCAGAGGUCGCUGGAAACGAAACUGCCAUGGCACAAGCAAUGAAUGGCUUUGACCCUUCAUCCAUCCCCAUUACCUAUGAGCUUGCAAGCAAUUAUACCAUCUUUGAUCGUUGGUUCUCGUCUUUCCCUGGUUCCACUAUGCCCAAUCGUAUGUUUGUGCAUUCGGCUACAUCCGAUGGCGAGAUGGUGACUGAUGGCUGGAAGUACAUUGGUGGCUAUUCUCAGCGUACUAUUUAUCACAACCUGGCAGAUGCUGGUAUCGAUUGGGCCAACUAUUAUCAAAUUAUUCCUUCCUUGCUCAUUUUCAACAAGCUACGUCUUGGUUACCUCAAGAACUAUCAUAAUUGGGCAACAUUCAAGAGCGAUGCUGCUGAUGGCAAGUUGCCACCCAUGACCUUUAUUGACCCUGCCUACUUUUCCAUUGGCGAAUGUAUCCCUGAAAAUGACAACCAUCCACCCGCUGAUGUCGCUGAGGGUGAAAAGCUGCUUAAAGAAAUCUAUGAGACUCUUCGUGCAUCACCCCAAUGGAAUGAAACCUUGUUCAUUGUUACGUAUGAUGAGCAUGGCGGUUACUAUGAUCAUGUACCUACCCCCUUGAAGGAUAUUCCCAAUCCCGAUGGCAAGGAAACUGAUGGCUUCAAGUUUGAUCGAUUGGGUGUUCGCGUACCAACACUUUUGAUUUCUCCCUGGGUCGAAAAGGGUGGUGUCAUUCAUGCUCCCAAUGGUCCUUCCAAGAAUUCAGAAUACGAGCAUUCUUCUAUUCCUGCCACCAUCAAAAAGCUAUUCAACCUUCCCAAUCAUUUGACUAAACGUGAUGCCUGGGCUGGUACCUUUGAGCAUGCCAUCUCGCUUGACAAGCCACGCACCGAUUGCCCAGAGACACUCUCUGAACCACCAGCUCCUGUCGUUGAUACCAAACCCGAUAACAAAUUUGAGGAGGCCAUUUGCAAUGGUCUCAAGGAUAUUCUCCAAGGCGAACAUUAA